AUGCAUGCUCCAUUGAUCGUCACGGGUGAAAUUAGUGGUUUAUCAACUGGUUUGCAUGGUUUUCAUAUUCAUGAAUUUGGUAAUAUCACAAAUGGUUGCACUUCGACCGGUGCACAUUUUAAUCCAUUUGCUGUCCCACAUGGUGGUCCUACAGAUAAAAAAAGACAUCUUGGUGAUCUUGGAAACAUUAGAGCUGGGGGUGAUAGCAUUGCAAAAAUCAAUAUUGUUGAUAGAUUGCUAAAGUUGUCAGGUUCAUAUUCAAUAAUUGGACGCGCAGUUGUAGUACACGCUAAUCAGGACGAUCUUGGCAAGGGGAUGGGUGCUCGAAAACUAGAGAGCAUUAAAACAGGUAAUGCUGGUGCGCGUCUCGCAUGUGGUAUUAUUGGCAUUGCAGCCAAUUGA